GGGUUGUGCAGGUUGGCAGGUUGGCUGGUUGACGGUGUUGGCCAAAACUGGCGACAUGUGUCGGGCGCACAGGGCUGACAGUGCCUGCCACCUCGGCAGAAUAUGUCAUGUACUCCGUACUCCGUACCUGCAUCCCCCAAUUACCCCCAAUACCCCUGAGUCGGCUUACUCAUCACUCCCGGCGGGCAAAAGCAACGGCGCGAAGAGCAACAGCUCCGUCUCAAUGUGGCAUCGCCGACCUGCCACACCCCUCCCCAACCGCCUGAAUCAAGCCGAGUCGAGUCGAUUCGAGCCGAGUCGAGUCGAGUCGCGUCGAGACAAGACAAGUUAAGACAAGACAAGACAAGACAAAACAAGCCAGCCAAUGUUCCUCGCCGCCUCAGCCUCAGCCUCAGCUCCAGCCCCAGCCCCAGCCCCAGCCAGCGCAGUCCUCCCUCCACCAUGCUCUCCGGGAUCCUCAUCUUCAACCAGAAGGGCGAGAACCUCAUAUUCCGUGCCUUCCGCAACGACUGCCGCCCCCGGCUCGCCGAUGUCUUCCGCAUCCAGGUCAUCAGCAACGCCCAGGUCCGCUCGCCCAUCCUGACCCUGGGCAGCACCACCUUCAGCCAUGUCAAGCACGAGAACAUCUACCUGGUUGCCAUCACCAAGAGCAACGCCAAUGCCGCCCUCGUCUUCGAGUUCCUCUACCGCCUGAUCCAGCUCGGCCGCGGCUACUUUGGCAAGUUCGACGAGGAGGCUGUCAAGAACAACUUCGUCCUGGUCUACGAGCUGCUCGACGAGAUCAUCGACUUCGGAUACCCGCAGAACACAGAGACCGACACCCUCAAGAUGUACAUCACCACCGAGGGCGUCAAGUCGGAGAACAAGUUCGAGGACUCGGCAAAGAUCACAAUGCAGGCCACCGGCGCCCUGUCCUGGCGCAAGGCCGACGUCAAGUACCGCAAGAAUGAGGCUUUUGUCGAUGUCAUCGAGGACGUCAACCUGCUCAUGUCCGCUACCGGCGCCGUCCUGCGCGCCGACGUCACAGGCCAGAUCAUCAUGCGCGCCUACCUCUCAGGCACCCCCGAGUGCAAGUUCGGCCUCAACGACAGGCUUCUCCUCGACAACGACGGGCUGCUCAGCCUCCCCAGCGGCAACAGGAUGGGCACCAAGGCUACCAAGGCAGCGGCUGGUAGUGUGACCCUCGAGGACUGCCAGUUCCACCAGUGCGUCAAGCUGGGCAAGUUCGACUCCGACCGUAUCAUCUCCUUUGUCCCCCCCGAUGGUGAGUUCGAGCUCAUGCGCUACCGUGCCACCGAGAAUAUCAACCUGCCCUUCAAGGUCCACGCCAUCGUCAACGAGGUCGGCAAGACCAAGGUCGAGUACAGCAUCGGCGUCAAGGCAAACUUUGGCACCAAGUUGUUCGCCACCAAUGUCGUCGUCCGCAUCCCCACGCCCCUUAACACCGCCAGAAUCACCGAGCGAUGUACACAGGGGAAGGCCAAGUACGAGCCAGCAGAAAACCAUAUAGUGUGGAAGAUCGGAAGGUUCACCGGACAGAGCGAGUUCGUGCUCAGCGCCGAGGCCGAGCUGACCUCCAUGACCAACCAAAAAACGUGGAGUAGGCCUCCGCUGAGCAUGAGCUUCAGCCUCUUGAUGUUUACGAGCAGCGGUCUGUUGGUCAGAUACCUCAAGGUAUUCGAGAAGAGUAACUACAGCAGUGUGAAGUGGGUCAGGUAUAUGACGCGGGCGGGGAGCUACGAAAUCAGAUUUUGAAUAAUGGGUAGCCACGGAUAAUUUUCGUUACUUUCAGCAUGGCAAGGCGUUUGGGGAAAUCACACGGCUGGGCAACUGCUUCGAAUGCGCUCCAUAAUCACCGCCACGGACGUUAUCCAACAGUCUCCCGAAAGCAGCCCAGGAACCUGGUGGAAGGUGCUGAACAUACACACCUUGCCGACUGGCCUACCUUGUGGCUAUCACCCACCUUCCAACGAUGCCCUGCCUUGCCUGCUGGCACCGGCCCAGGGCACGAUUCUGUUUCACGGCGCGAGUUUCCAUGGAAUGAUCCGUCCCUGGCAUCUGAGUGCCAAGCUACCGUGGAGACGCCAAGCUACUUGGGCAAGUCAAAUAAUGCGGUCAGCUCGCAUGACGCGCAUCCGAGCCGCCCGGCGGUCAAUACUGGGUCCACGGGCCGGGCGGCGCGGAACAUUGCACAGACUCGGGCUUUCUCUGACAACCGAGUCCGAGAAGUUGCCUCGAUGGCGCGGCGGAAGUUCAAUUUGUACAUAUCGUCUAAUUCAAGACAUUCUAAGCAACCAGAUUGGUGAUCACUUACCCGUGGAAAAUCCUCUCUUGUCUAUACCUGCCAACAUGAGGCGGUAACUCUGCAAGCCUUCGCUUCGGGGUGGUUCUAUGCGACCCAUACAGUGCCAUCAUUCCGGAACCAAGGUGCAGCUUCUUGCCCACCCGACGGAUCAGACACUGGAAUCACCAUUCUUCUCCUGGCCGCUGUCCUCAGCACCACCGCCCUCGCCCUUCUGCUGCUUCGCCCUCACAUCGCGAUUCCCAAGACCCAAGGAAGUAAAAAAGCACAAAGCCGACAAGGCCACCGCAAGGUAAAAGGUUCUUUCGAACGAAAUCGCGUACGCCCGUAUCACAGCCGGCAAGUCCUCUGCGGGGACGACUUUACGGAAUGCAGUAGCUCCCACAGCGAUAACAGCAUCCGGGUUCACGUGCGGGGCGUUCUCACGGAUCUGAGAGGCAAGGCUGUCGUCAAAAAUAGUAUUUGCCACAGAUAUAAGAACAGCACUGCCUAACCCCUCUACAGAAUGCGAAGUCAGCUAUCACGCAGCAGGAGGAGUAAUUUCGACUGAAUAGGCGGGGAAAGGGCCACAGUGCGACGAUGGCCUGUCUCAAUAAUAGCAGCAUGACGGACCGUGAAGUGUAGAGUUAUCUUCAAGCUGUCAAAACUGUGUCUGGAAGCCACUUACGGAUGAAAGUGAGCAUCGCCAUGGCCACUGCGAUCUGCGAUGGCUGUAGGACGGUCUGCACCGCGAUAAGUGCCUGAGUGGCAGGGCAGGGUCAGCAGGACGGUUCCCAAUCCACUUGCCCCAAAGCCAAUGGACGCAGAACGAGAAAGGGCAAGACAUACCAUUUGUAUACCAGCACCACGGCCGACGCCAAGAAUGAUCUGAUAUCCAAUCCACGUCCCUGUAUUGGUUCCAACUGUCCAGGUCGAGAUGAGCCCUGACCCAACGCUGGACAAAACCGCCGAGAAGAUGGCCCAUGGGAGGUAGUAUCCGAGCCUACUGACCGCAAAUCCGCUCAACACGGCUGUGAUGAGCUGGGAGAUGAUGCUUGGAAGCAUGUGUAACCCGGCCGUGAAGGGCGAUGAGCCUUGCACAGACUGGAAGUAAAUGGGCAAGAAGUAUGACGUGAUAAAGGUGCAGCUGAACAAGCACAGCUGGGUCAGGCAGCCAGCAACCACGACUUUCUCGCGAAACAUGCUAAGCGGUACCAUCGCGUCCUCGCCACCCAUACGCCACUCCCACGCGAUGAACACCGCGCCCACCGCCCCAGCCCCGCAGAACAACCCAAUGACCGUCGCCGAGGACCAAGGGUACGUGCCGCCGCCGCCGUAGUGCAGUGCCAGCAACAGCAUCACCACGGACGGGACGAGCAGCGCCGUCCCCACGAGGUCGAAUCUCCUCCAUAGGCCUGGGCGGCGGAUGAAGCUGCGGAACUCCGGCUUGGAAACCUGCUCAGGGAUCCUCACCGCGGACAGGGCGACGGCGGCGACCCCGCCGAUGGGGAGGUUGAUGUAGAAGCACCAUCUCCACGUCGAAUACUGGGUCAGGGCCCCGCCGAUAAGGGGUCCGCCGAUGAGUCCCAGCUGACUCACCCCCAUGAGAAGGCCGGUGACGGCGGGUCGCCGCCGUAGCGGGACCAGCGCGGCGAUUAUAGUCAGCGCGCCGUUGAAGAGGCCAGAUGCACCGAGUCCUGCAACCGCGCGUCCCCCAAUGAGCAUAUUGGAGCUGGUGGACAGGCCGCAUAUCAGCGAGCCCAGCUCAAAGAGCAGCACCGAGGCGAUGUAGGUUUGCUUGUUGGGCAGGUAAGUGAAGAGCUUGCCCGUCAUAGGCUGGAGGGCCGAGAGAGCGAGUUGGUAUGACGAGACAUACCAGCCGAUGUCCUGGACCGAGUGGAAUUCGUUCGUGAUGGUUGGUGUGGCGGUGCUGAGUAUGCUGUUGUCUAGGAAGACGAGAAUGGUGGACAGAUUGAGUGCUAUGAGGGCGAGUAUCAGGGGCAGACCCGUGAGGUGCCCUGUCCCGGUACCUCGGGCGGAUUCUUCUGCAUUGUUGGCGGCAACUGGGGGCACAGAUGCUGCAAUGGAGGGCACGAGUGAUAGCAGUACAGGCUGGUGUGGAUACGUGAGGCUUGGCCUCCGAGAGCUUGUUCUGCUGGGCUGUUGCUGCUCGGCCUUGUCGUCUGCCAUGGACGCACCAUCUUGCGAAGAUGGUGGGCUUGGCUUCUCGAGAUCAGCCAUCCUUGCUUCUACCAUGUCGUGUCUUGCUUGACCUUGAGUUGAUACCCUAGGGCGCUUGAGAAGAAGAAGCUUUCUGGGGCUAUCUGGACAUGAGGCGACACAAUCUGAGCUGGCUGGCCCUCGCCAGGAGACUUUCAUCCAUAAUCCAUAGAGUAUAUAAACAGCAUCAAUACGGCCAUGGUGCACUCCACUGGCAACUGAACCAUCA